AUGUUCGCAUGACGACAGGUUCCUGCUCCACCUCGCGGAGAAAACAGAUGGGGUCAUCGUCACCAAUGACAAUUUAAGGGACUUUGUGGACACCUCGGACACCUGGCGCAGGAUUAUUCAGCAGAGGUUGCUUCAAUUUACAUUCGUCGGGGACCACUUCAUGAUCCCCGAUGACCCUCUGGGGAGGAACGGACCUCAUCUGGACAUCUUCCUGCGCCGAGACGACAGGAGGGCCCCGGUCACCCCUCCCCCACUGAGUCCCCCAGACCUCCGGCUCUCCUCCCAGCAGCAGGCAGUUUAUGCCCAGGCCCUCCAGUCCGCCCCUCGGCCCCUGGCCCCCACGUCUUCGCCCAGUCGCUCUAUGUCACCGCACCCGAGUGUGCACAGGCGCCUGGCCCUCACGCCUCCAGCUAGUCGCUCCAUGUCGCCGCAUCUGAGUGUGCACAGGCGCCUGGCCCUCACGCCUCCAGCCAGUCGCUCUAUGUCACCGCACCCGAGUGUGCACAGGCGCCUGGCCCUCACGUCGACAGCUAGUUGCUCCAUGUCGCCGCAUCUGAGUGUGCACAGGCGCCUGGCCCUCACAACUCGAGCCAGUCGCUCCAGGUCGUCGCACCUGAGUGUGCACAGGUCCCACUCCGGUCCCCCAGAAUGGCACCCGCCCCGCCGCUUCCCUCGCCCCCACAAGAGCGGGCCCCGGGCGAGACCUCGGAGGUGAAGAAGCAGACCAGACUGCAUCCUCAGUGUGACAACCCGUACCUGAGAGGGAAAAGAGAAAUAAAUACAGCCUGAGAGAUGAUGGACCCGCACCGUCCCGUGCCGUUUACUCCCUUUCAGUUUGUGGUGGCAGGUUUUAUUUUAAAGUGGCCAGAAAGAUGCUCUUGUUCUGCGGCACCCAAACAGUAAUGCUUCAAAAGGCCGCGCACAUUCCUGACCCAAUCCGCUGUUUCCCACGUUUGACCUCCGUGGUGACAGACGGCAUCCUGGAGGUGGAGUUCAAAGGUCAAGAGGUUGAAAGCCGCUCCUGUCAGGGUUUCCCACAAGAAUCUCAGCGGUGCACAAGUCCUGGUGAGAAUCCGGAGAAUCCCACAGCUAAGAAUUUGCAUUGAUUUUUUUCUAGCUCUGCCAGACAACUUUAUGUCUGGAAUUUGCUGAUGAUCAUUUCUGCCUGCUCUCACUCACUCUCUCCUUUCAUUGCACCCCCCCCCCCCCCACCCUCUCCCAUGCCUCCAUCACAUCCGUCUCCUCGCUUCCUUCCUCUCUUUCUCUUAGACUAUCUUCUUGACCUCCCCUCUGCCCCUCCAACUAUCUCCCUUCCGCAGGCGCCUCCGUAGUCACGCUGCAAGAACAGAGAGACUGAGACGGAGUUUCUUUCCUCAGGCCAUCAGGACUGUGAACUCCGACCUCACCAGGUCCCCCACAUAGACCCACACAACUGCCCCUCUUAGGCACACACACACACACACACACACACACACACUUACUGUAAAUAUUGUGUUUUUUAUUGUAAAUAGUGUGUACUUGUUGCCCUUGCACAUUCCUGCUGAGCAUUGCCACUUUCAUUUCACUGCACACCCUGUGUGUGUAUGUGACAAAUAAAACAUCUUGAAAUCUUGAAAUCUUGAAAUCUUGAAUUUUCCCUUUCCACUAACAUCCCUCAUUGCCUCCUUCUUAUCAUUUGGAUGCGGAAAAAUAAAUAAAACAACAUGUAUGUUGGUAUGUGCGACCAGAAAUUGAGAUUCCAGCCGCAUACAUAGCAGCUUAACAUUAUCUUGGGUUCGGAUCACCCCGCUCCC